AUGGAUGAGCCAACUGUGCUGCGGAAGGAUCAGCUGGAGAUCAGCUUAGUCAAUGAGAAGAAAUUGAUCAAGGAGGGGACUAUUAAAGAUGAUAACCCUUUAGAUCUGAGUGAGCCAUUCCGUGAACUAUGCAACGCAUGUCGUCAGGGCGAUUUGAAAGUCUGUCAGGAGAAAAUCACUGAGGGCGUCAAUGUUAAUGCUCGUGAUCCAUAUGAUUACACGCCAUUGAUCCUGGCGAGCCUCUGCGGCCAUUAUGAAGCUGUACAACUUCUUCUCGAGUCUGGUGCAAUUUGUGAGCGAGACACAUUUCAGGGUGAAAGAUGUCUCUAUAAUGCCUUGAACGACCGGAUACGAAACCUCCUCCUUGAAUAUGACUUUUCCAAAUCGACGGACCCUCUCCAGCCACUUGCUGCACAUAUAACUUCGCUUCUCACCCGGGAGUCCCCAGUAACAACAGAUAUUGUCGUGGCUGCAGCCGACGAAUCGAUUCAUCUUCAUAAAUUCAUACUCGCGGCACGUUCUCCAUACUUUUAUGGCAAGCUGGCCGAGGCACCGGAAACUGGAACAUGGAAGCUCCCUGGUACUAUUCCCCCCGAGGCAUUCGGUGCCGCUAUCAAAUACCUGUACUUUGGAGAAGCUCCCACAGACUUGAGGAGUGGACCGGGGACAGGCUUCACGGAGUCUGAGACCUUCGCAGGGAUGGAUAGAAUCUCCAAGUACUUGGAGAUCCCCAGUCUUCUAGACAGUAUCCUCGAUAGUGGAGACAGGAGACGGGCUAGACAAAGAAGAACCGACGACAUUUCCAAAGGCCGAGAUCAAAUGGAACAAUGGUUUCAGAAGAAUAUUCUGGGGAACAAGCUCGAGGUAGAGACUUCAAAAGUGAACGACGUGAAGUGGGGUCGAGCAAAUGCAAUCUUCGCUGAUGUUCUUCUGAGGGCGGAUGAACUCCCCGAGGAAGAAGAGGAAGUGGAAAUUGAUACGCCAGAGGUCAGCAAUGGCACACCUAGUUCGAUUCCCAUUGGCCCUAUCUCUACCCCGAAUGAGAAGGACCCCGAGGCGCCGAAAUCAGUCAUCUUCCCGUGCCAUCGAGCAAUGCUUCUGCGAUCUGAGUUUUUCCAAGCAAUGUUUACAUCCACCUUUCGCGAAGCUUACCUCAAUGAGAAUCUGACGAUCAUCGACGUCAACUGUUCACCCGAGGUCUUGGAAAUAAUUCUUACAUUCUUAUAUACCGAAAGAGCCGAUUUCCCCCUAGAGAUCGCUGUCGAUGUCCUAUUCGCUGCAGACAUGCUCUUCAUUGAGAAGCUGAAGACAAAAGCCGCCGUUGUCAUCAGUACCCUCGGCAGUGCUGGAAUGUCUCAAUCCGAGGCUGCGAGAACUCGGGGUAUAGCGCACGAAGAUGAAAUUGACAUUUACUCAAUUGUUCGAGCUGCGUGGUUGACACGCGUGCAGCGAUUGGAAGAAUUCGCUGCUCGGUAUCUCGCAUAUCGACUGGAAGCACAUAUAGAUACCCCAGAAUUUGCGGAGUUGAUUCAGGAAUCAGCAUCUCGUAUCAAGGCGCGACAGGAGACCGAUUCCAUUGAAAUGCUGGAUGAUAUCCGGUUCUAUCUUGGGGAGCGCUUUAGACUGAGAUUUGAUGAGGCUGGUCUGGAUGAAAUGAUGGAUGAAAAAGAACCACCGGAAGAUCUUGAUGAAGAUGAACAGCCGGAAGACAUAAAAAUUACAGAAGGGGUUCAGAAAUUGGAUAUUUCUAAGGACGCUAUCCUCAGUCAAGGCUCAGAGAUUCGAACUCUAGACGGCGCGGUUGUCGAUGAUGAAUUCUCGGAAGACGCGAUGAACUAUGAGAUCUUGCUUGAGAAGCUGGACAAUUUGUUGGACAGACUCAACCUCGAGGCUUAG